AUGAUCUUGUUCGUAUCCCUACUCUCUGGAAAAAAAAUUACUCUUAAAGUGUUUGGAACUGACACUGUAAUGAGUGUCAAGCAAAAAAUUCAGGAUAAAGAAGGAACUAUGUAUUUGUUUUCGUGUAUGAACCUGUUCGUGGUUUUACCUGAUGGAAAAACAACUACUCUUCAAGUAUUUGAAGAUGACACUGUCGAAAGUGUCAAGAAAAAACUUUUUGAUAAAGAAGUAUUAAACGAAGACCAAAAAAAGCUGCAUGAAUAUAAUGUCCCUAACGAAGGAAAAAUGUAUAUGACUUUGAGAUUGUUAGGAGGUAGUGGUGUAGAUCAAUCAUAA